AUGAAUAGCAUAGUAAACCUCUUCAGUAAUUUUAAGGAGUUCUACAGUGAAAUCAAUGGAGCCACACUGACCGGUGCCAUCGAUGUGGUAGUGGUAGAGCAACCGGACGGUUCCUUCUUGAGCUCACCGUUCCACGUGCGCUUCGGGAAACUCGGUGUGCUACGCAGCCGUGAGAAGGUGGUCGACAUCGAGGUAAAUGGGGAGCCGGUUGAUUUGCAGAUGAAGCUCGGAGAGUCGGGUGAGGCAUUCUUCGUGGAAGAAUGCGCGGAAGACGACAGUGAAGUUCCGGCCCACAUGGCCACUUCCCCCAUUCCGAGCCACUCGUAUUUGAGCAACUAUGAGGAAAGCGUGCAGCGGAACGAUGGAUCCGGUGGGCCCAUUUUCAAAGCAUUGGAAGCCAAUGAAACAACGGGAGCCGCUGGUGAAGGAGUGGCUGCAGGGCCAACGAUUGAGAUAGGCGAGGGGGCGGUCAUGAUGAUGGUGGCGAGUCAGGCUGCGACGCGCGAGAAUGACGGCGUUGUGGAGAAUGAAUUAUUGCCACGAUUACGUCGCAACUCGGUUGAUCUUUCGAACGAAAAUCCCGAACUGGAACGAUCAAAGUUUGAAAACCAAAGAUCCGAAUACAGCCACCGGCGUCACACGGACAAUCUUACCAACAGGCCGGACCUGUCGCUGACAAAGAAGGAGUACACGACGCAGAAGCUGCGACAAGAACUGAACGCUGCGGCCGAGGCUGCCGAACAGGAACAGAUCUUCCACAUGGAAGGUUUGGACGAUGGUUCACUUGAAGCUGUGACCAGUGAACAGGUGACAAAUGCGGGCGACUGGAAAAACAGCACACCUCUUCCCGCAGCAUCAGGCGCGGCUGAUCAGUCGGUAGAGGAUAAACAUUUCAAACCAAUCGAUGCUCAACCUACCACUGAGGCUGGACCGGCUGGUCAGGCGACUGAAGUUGUCCCAGUCGUGGUGGCAACUACGCAACCAGCUGCAUGUGGAGAUGGCGCAACAGACUCUAAGUCGAAAAAGAAGCGAAGGAAGAAGUCACUGAUGAAGAAGAAAAAUACACAACGAAAAAAUUCAGCCAGCAGUAGCUCGGGCGCUGGUUCGAACCAUUCCGAUCCGAACGAAGGAACGGAAACAGACAGUCUGACGGCGUCCCAGGUCACGGUUUCGUCGGCCAGUGGUAGCUCCCUACCGAAAGAGGAGGCUACCGAGGGUGUCGAUCAGGAGGUCCCGGAUAUUAGUGGUCCCACCAAAAAGGAGGGAAAGGAUAGCCCAAUACUGGAUGGCCCAGCCAUGACGUCUAGUCAUCAUGCGGAUCUAGACAUCCAUUUCUUCAGCGAUACGGAUAUUGGAACUGGAGUAAGCCCGCAGCAGUCGCGUCCUUCCACUCCUAUUCAAAGCGAUACCGAGUUUGAGAUGUCACAGCGCGAAAAACCUGUAACGGAGGAAGAACGCUUGAUGUACGGUAACUCGUGGAACUGGGGAGAGCUGCCGACGCAGGUUGAACCGAAAGGAGGUGAUGCGGAAGCCGGCAAGCAGGCGCAGCACAACUCGAUGCUGACUGGACUGAUGAGCUUGAUGAAGUACAACAACAAGAAGAAACGCCAGAGUGUUCCGGACGGGAUUUAUCUGUCGGAGUUGGAUAAGCUGAACGAACCGGAGAUCGCCCAACUGUAUUUCCCAUCGUUCCCGAAGCUGAAACAGCACCAGCAACAGGAUCAGCGUGGCAGUGGCGGAAGUGGCGAUGAUGAAGAUCGCGAGAGCGGUAAUGGUACAUCCAUUCCGCAAAGUCCUACCUCGAUGGAAGAUGGGCCCGGCGGAAAAGAUUCCGACUUUGAUGAACGCGACCAUGUCGCAUCGGGUGACACGAAGAGUAUGGUCGAUCAAUCGAUCGAUUCCUUUGCUCUGUCUCUCUGUGGAGGUUUAACUGGCGCCGAAGGUUCGUCGGGUCCCACCGAUGAACAGUUCGAGCGCCACCGCUUACAAUACGCUAACGUGCUGGCCGAUCCUAGUGUGUUCAAGUCGUCCGAUCUAGUCGUGCGUAUCAAUGGCAAGUACUAUAGUUGGGAAGUGGCCUGUCCACAGGUCAUGACCAUUCUGGCGUUCCAGUGUGGACUGCCAAACGAGAUGCUGGCUAGUGCAAAACAGAAGGAAUCGGGAAUGGAAGAGGGGAAAAAAGAGGAACCACUGCAACAAACGCAACAGCAGCAGCCGCAGCAGCCGAUUGUUGCAGGACGUUGGUGGUACUGGCGACGUUCCGGCGAAGCAAAACCGGCCCCGGCUGGCACACCGCAGACGCCAACCACACCGACGGCAGCUACGGAAGAAUCUGGCGAUGGUCCGGAUGGUAAAACCUCUGCCGCAGUGGGCACGCAAACAUCGCGUUCGAAUUCUCCGGAAGAUGAAAACCACGAAGGAGGUAUGGACGCAACAGUACCGACAUACAAAAAUGUAUCGAAAACGGAAGAUGGAUACAAUGGUUCCCUGUCGUCGGAAGAUUCUGAGCUGGCAUUGGACAAAUCGGUAGGUGGCAUCCUUAUUGACAACAGCAGCGAGAAGACACUGUAUCUGCUCGGUUGUGGAGAAAAGUACCGCAAGACGUUGCGUUUAUCCUCGGAGCGCAUUAAGGAGUUGAACCUUCUGGAUGGUAUGAACGAGAUUGAAUUUAGUGUUACUACUGCCUAUCAGGGGACAACGCGUUGCAAGUGCUAUCUGUUCAAGUGGAAGCACAAUGAUAAGGUAGUCAUUUCCGACAUCGAUGGAACUAUAACCAAAUCGGAUGUCCUUGGUCACAUUCUGCCCAUGGUAGGCAAAUCUUGGGAUCAGAUUGGUGUGGCGCAACUUUUCUCAAAGAUUGAGGAAAAUGGGUACAAAAUGUUGUACCUAUCUGCACGUGCCAUCGGGCAGGCCAAGACAACGCGUGGCUAUCUGCAGUCGAUCCGUCAAGGGGAUGUGAAACUGCCGGAUGGUCCUUUGCUGCUCAAUCCGACCUCCCUGAUGUCCGCUUUUCACCGUGAAGUGAUUGAGAAAAAGCCUGAACAAUUCAAAAUUGCCUGCCUGAAUGACAUUCGAGAUUUGUUUCCAGAACGAAAUCCAUUCUACGCCGGAUACGGUAACAGGAUCAAUGAUGUUUGGGCGUACCGGGCCGUUGGUAUUCCGACGUCGAGAAUCUUCACCAUCAAUCCAAAGGGAGAAUUGAAGCACGAGCUAACGCAAACAUUCCAAUCGACUUACGCUAACAUGGCUUACAUCGUAGACCAGCUGUAUCCGCCGAUCAAACACAUCGAGGAGGAAGAUAACGAGUAUACCAGCUUCAACUACUGGCGUGAGCCGGUAGCUGAGAUUGAUUUCAAUGCUUUUGACAUACCCGGACUCUCCUUGCCAUCAAGCGGCUCUGCAUCGUAUCCAGCCACGUUAGCUUCUUCUGGCAAAAUUACUCCCACGGCGACACUAAUUCAGCAGGCCUUGCCAACCAUUCCCGAGAACUGA